AUGUUCGUCGACAAGCUAGGAGAUGUCCUCGCGCUGAUGCAGCUGCAACGCGCCCUUGCCGAGUUCGGCACAGGAAGUAUCUUCACAGCUCUGGUCUUUGGCCUGACUGUUGUAUUGGCGGUUGACUAUGCUCGAAUGCUAUACUUGCAUUUCAAAAUGCCACCCGGGCCCCUCCCCUGGCCCAUCGUCGGAAACACAUACUCCCUACCAGACAACAAACCCUGGAUCUACUUUGAGGAGCUUGCCAAAAAGUAUAAUGCACCAAUGAUAACGUUCUGGAUCGGUCGGAAUCCCACGAUAUGGAUCUGCGAUGCUUGGGCUGCGAGUGAAUUGCUCGAUAAGCGGGCUGGUAUCUAUGCCUCGAGACCGCGGAUGGUCGUGUUUGGAGAGCUGGGGACGGGGCAAUCGAACCUUGUCACGAUGUAUUAUGGCGAUAGAUGGAGGCUGCAUCGCAAGCUGACUCAUAUGGGUGUUGGAUUGCAGCAAGUGCGUGGUUAUCGCGGGUUUCAGAAYGAUGAGAGUAAGAUCAUUGCGUAUGAUUUGCUGCGCUCCCCGGAAGAAUAUGUUAAGCAUUUUGAGAGGUAUGCCACGAGUGUGGUAUCAAUUAUUGGGUUUGGACGCCGGGUUGAUAGUUUCAUGGAUCCGAUAAUCACAGAGGUUAUUGCUGUUAUGCAUAAGGCUGCUGAUUUGAAUGUGCCGGGGAAAAAGUUUCCGAUGUUAUUGGAGACUUUUCCAUUCCUGGCAAAAUUUCCCAACCAGAUCGCGCCUUGGAAACAUGGCCUCGGUACUCGCAGCCGGGGGCGGCACUUUUUCUACGCACUAGCCAAAGAAGCCGCAGACAACCCAGAACAAGAACAGUGCUAUUCUCGAAAGAUCUUCGACGAGGCGCCCAAAUACAAUCUCAGCAAAGAAGAGAUUUCGUCAUUAGCUGGGAACUUAUUUGGAGCGGGUAGCGAUACUUCUAGCUCGACGUUGAUUACAUUUGUAUUAGCUUGUUGUGUAUUCCCUGAGGUACUACCAAAGGCAUGGGAGGAACUGGAUCGAGUGGUCGGCCCUCACCGGAGUCCAACGUUUGAGGAUGAGGCAAAUCUUCCGUAUGUCAAGGCUUUUAUGAAAGAGGUUCUACGUUGGCGAUCAGUGGCCAUCAUUGGAGGGCAGCCUCAUGCUCCAAUCCAAGACGACUAUUAUAAGGGCUGGCUCAUACCAAAGAACACAUGGGUCCAAGGAAAUGUCUGGGCCAUCCAUCACCACGACCGCGAAUUCCCCGAGCCAGACCGGUUCAUUCCGGAACGGUAUCUCAAAGAUAGCGAAUGGUAUAGACCCUUCCCUGGCGAGCGAGGCUACAUGACUUUCGGCUGGGGCCGUCGUGUGUGCAGUGGCCAGGGUCUGGCCGAGCAGGGAACUUUCAUCACUGUUGCUCGUUUGUUAUGGGGAUUCCGAUUCCAAAAGGGUCUCGACCAGAAUGGAAAUGAGAUUCCUCUUGACAUUUUCGAUUAUACGAAUGGCCUGAACAUGCGGCCAAAUGAAUUUAAAUGCCGUAUUACACCUCGCAGUGACGAGAUUCGCGCAACAAUUGAGCGAGAGGGUACGCAGGCAUUGCAAGAUCUGGCUCGUUACACAGGCAUUGGUGGAAUUGCAACUGCCCUAAGUCUGGGACGUCGAGGACACAAUGUUACCAUUCUCGAAUCAGCUCCAAAGUUGAUGGAAGUGGGAGCAGGAAUUCAAGUAUCGCCGAAUAUGGGCAGAUUGCUAGACCGUUGGGGGGUAUCAUAUAGAGAAAAGGCAACCCUAUUAGAGCAAAUCGACAUCCGGAGGUGGCAAGAUGGCAGUCUGCUUGCAUGCAUACCUUGUAAUCCGGCUCAUGGUGACCAGUUGACUAUUCAUCGCGCGGACCUGCACAACGCAUUGAUUGACAAGGCCCUCUCGUUGCCCAACGUCCAACUCCUCGUCAACUCGCAUGUGGUAGAUGUGAAUUUUGACAAGACAGAGGUCAUCCUGGCAGAUGGCAGGGUUGUUCGUGGAGAUGUGGUUUUAGCUGCAGACGGCAUCAAGUCAAAUAUUCGACCAAAACUACUUGAAGACAAUACGAUCAAAGUCGAGGCCACAGGAGACGCCGCAUAUCGAAUCAUCCUGACCCGAGAAGAGAUGCUUUCGCAUCCUGUUCUGAAAGAAAUAAUCGAUCAGUCACGCGCAACACGAUGGAUCGGACCAGGCCGGCAUAUAGUGGCAUAUCCGCUGAGGAAUCACGAACUCUUCAAUGUCGUCCUUCUCCACCCCGAUCGUGGAACAGUUGACGAUAUGUGGACCAUCAAAGGCUCCAAAAAGGACAUGAUUAAUGAUUAUGCUGGCUGGGAUAGCAGAGUCACGGAAAUUAUUGCAAAUGUCCGAGAUGACGAGAUUAUGGAAUGGAAACUGAAUUUGUACCCACCUCUCAAGACAUGGGUCAAAGAAUCAGUAGCCUUGCUCGGAGACGCAUGUCAUCCAAUGCUCCCAUAUGUCGCGCAAGGAGCUGCUCAAGCAGUCGAGGAUGCCGGUGCUUUAGGAGCAAUACUCUCAAAAAUCUCUUCAAAAAAAGAGAUUCCCGCUGCCCUUGAAGCAUAUCAGCUCUCAAGGAAAGCACGAGCCGAGCAAGUCCAACAAUCCGGCAAAAUGAACCGUGUCGCUCUACAUCUUCCGGAUGGGCCUGAACAGCGACAACGGGAUGAGAUGUUUCGGCUGGCGAUGAAGGGCAGCUCAGAAAGCCCUGACCGAUGGGUGGAUGAGAAGACGCGUAAAAUACUGUGGGAGCACGAUGCCGAGGAGGCAGCCCUCAAGACAUGGCAAGGUAAUAACACAAUGCCUCGUCGCGACAACCCCCCUGACCUCCCCAACACGCCCGCAAAAGGCAUUUCUUACUUCUCGCCCGAGCAAGAUCCCCCAGCAGGAACAGCUGCAAACCCUCAGUCAGAUGGAAGCAUCCCGCCCAAGCUUUUCCAGCCAUUGACCAUUCGCGGCGUCACAUUCCACAGUCGCAUUGGUCUAUCUCCCCUCUGCCAAUACUCCGCCAAAGAUGGCCACAUGAACGACUGGCACAUCGCGCACCUGGGCGGAAUCGCCCAGCGCGGUCCUGGUUUCCUGAUGACCGAAGCAACUUCCGUCACCCCAGAAGGCCGCAUUACCCCCGAAGACUUGGGCCUGUGGCAAGACUCUCAAAUCGAGCCUCUCCGACGAACCAUUGAGUUCGUGCACAGCCAGAACCAAAAAAUCGGCGUGCAAAUAGCGCAUGCAGGUCGCAAGGCGAGCACUGUUGCGCCGUGGCUAUCAAUGGGUGAUAUCGCGCUAGAGAAGAAUGGCGGUUGGCCCAAUGCUGUUGUUGGACCAAGCGAUAUCCCGUUCUCGGAUAGUUUCCCGCUACCCAAGGCGAUGACGAAGCAGGAUAUUGAGGAUUUGAAAAAGGCGUGGGUUGCCGCAGUCAAGCGCGCUCUCAAGGCUGGUGCAGAUUUUGUUGAGAUUCAUGCCGCGCAUGGUUAUCUUUUGUGCUCGUUCAUGUCGCCUCUGUCCAACAACCGUACAGACGAGUAUGGCGGCAGCUUUGAGAAUCGUAUUCGAUUGACCCUUGAAAUUGCGCAGUUGACGCGUGAGGUUGUCGGUCCCAACUACCCCGUCUUCCUCCGUAUUUCAGCCACGGAAUGGGUAGAGGAGAGCCUAGCCGGUCAACCUAGCUGGACAGUCGAGGAGUCCGUGAAAUUGGCCAAGGCUCUCGUCGACCAAGGUGCCGUUGACUUGCUCGACGUCAGUUCCGGAGGCAACAAUUCCGCACAAAAGAUCAAGGGCGGCCCCGGCUUCCAAUCACCCUUUGCAAUCGAAAUUAAAAAGGCCGUUGGUGAUAAACUGCUGGUCGGAACUGUCGGCAGCAUUAACACUGCAAAGCUGGCGAACAAGUUGCUGGAAGAGGACGGUCUGGAUUUCGCGCUGGCUGGAAGAUCGUUCCAGAAGAACCCUAGUCUGCCGUGGACGUGGGCGGAGGAGUUGGAUUUGGAGGUUAGCGCCGCGAAUCAGAUUCGAUGGGGCUUUUCGCAUCGUGGUGCUACAAAAUUCUUGAAGAAGCCAUCUAGCAAUCUGUGA